CCCAGGCAGUAAAGCGUAAGGGCGCCAAGGUUCAGUCAUUAAUUGUUUAGGUAAUUUUUACUUUGUUUGAAUUAAAAACAAACACAAAUAUUCUCGACUUGAUCUAGAAGAACUGUAAUAUGGCAGACAGACUUUCCGAAGAACGAAAGGAAGAGAUUAAAGAACUUUUCAAUCUAUUUGAUGUCGAUAAAUCUGGAAAGGUUAGUUUAGACGAACUUGCUAAAAUUGUACGUGGACUAGGAGAAAAUCCAACGGAAGAAGAAUUAAAACAAAUGUUUGCUGAAGUUGACAAAGAUGGGUCUGGUAAUAUUGAUAUAGAUGAGUUUACAACAUAUUAUGCCACAUCUUUCAUCGACCAACAUCCCGACGAGGAGGCCGAACUACAACAUGCCUUCAACGUUUUCGACAAGGAUGGUAAUGGAUAUAUUGAAUUAGAAGAAUUAAUUCGUAUUUUAAAAGAUAUAGGUGAUGAUUCAUUGUCAGAGUCUGAGGUCAAACAGGUUAUGAAAGACUUCGAUAUUGACGGUGAUAAUAGACUAAACUAUGACGAGUUUCUGAAAAUGAUGUGUGCCAAGUAGAAUGGAACAUUUCUAAGAUGGUGAAUUAGUGCACCGUCAAUUGUGUGAAGGAUUUUCUGUCGCUCGCACAAAGAAAGAAUAGAUUGAUCUGCGCUGUCAAGUAUUACAUUAGAAUAAAAACAUGCAUGCAACUCUA